AGCCCUGAUAUAUGAACACCAAAACAGUAAUAUAUGAAGAGAGCAUGCGUAGAGUAUAAGCUAAACACCCAUAGGUACCCAGAAAAUGAUACAUCAAUAUAUGGACACCAAAACAGUAAUAUAUGUAGAUAUGCGUAGGGUAAAACCAAAAUAAUGGUCGAGUAAACUGAAACUGUGUUGUUGACACCCAGAAUGUGCCCAAGCAAUAAUGUAUAAAGAUAAAUGUUGAGUAUAUACAACUGACCAUUGGCCAACCAAAAUAAGUAUUUCAAGGGGCAUUAGGUAACAUAAUGGGAGGAUAGGGUGAGGUUGUUUUGCUCUUUUAAUUGUACGCAUUGGACUAGUUCCCAUGCAAAACUUCGGCCUCGUAGUAGCCUCAAUUCGAUGUUUGGGAUUGGCCAAAGAACUGCUGUGCGGAAAGGGGUCGAUAUCAUUCCCCAGGGGGAGGGGAUUCGCUGGUGACUUUAAUAAUAAUAAUAAUAAUAAUAAUAAUAAUAAUAAUAAUAAUAACAACUUUAUUUAAUGAGGGUGACACUAAAUAGUGUACUACACUAAUAAACUUGUGGCCCUUUAAUCAUUAGUAGAUGUGUUUGUAAGGAAAGAAAGAAAAAAUAGUAAAGAAGUAAUAAAUAAAACUUAUUUGCAGCAGUUGAAUCGCAUAGAAUAUAAAUUAGAAACGUUGCUGUAGAUUCUAUGGCAACAGAGGUUACAUUCCUGAGGAGAUUCGGUUUCAGGAAAGCGAAGUUAUUCUCACACUGACUCUAAGCGAUAAGAUUGAAUGUUGUUACAGGAUAACAUAUCUCUACAACACUCACAGCUUCAACUUUAACCCUCCCUUAAGAAGAGUAUUAAUAGUGUUCCGGCUAAUAUCCUCUCGUGAUUGGUCAAUCCCUUGGUCUUAAUACCAGUAGGCAUCAGUUAUUAGCCUGGUGCUGGCCUCUGAUUGGUCCACGAGCACUUGUUAUCAGUUUGUUAAUAUUAUCGACGUCYUUCGAGUGACAGAUUGGAGCGAAGCGAUUAAAAUGUCAAUCAAAAGUUAGCUAAAAUACACAAUAUAUACGGUGUAAACAGAUGGGAAUGCUGACUGUAAAGUCAUGAAAUAAAGACUCCAAUUCACCUUUUUCCUCAAGCAAACGGCUGGGCUUCGUGAAAAUGGAUUGUAGCGGGAAAAACUCCACACAAACUGCUUCUCUUUCAAUGGCAACCUCGCUAGUGGCAUUCCAGGUUUUAGGAUUAGCCCUCUAUCAAGCAGGUGCUCUGCAUCUCAAGUCCAUAAAUAACAUCCUCCUCCAAGCCUUUAUCAAUAUUGCUCUUGGCUCCUUAUUGUGGUACAGCGUUGGAUAUUCUUUGGUAUUUGGYUCAUCACAAGAGGGUUUUAUAGGAAAUCCCGACAAGGCCUUUUUUAUCGACGUCUCUCCAUUUAACUGUUCUACGCAUGCUCAAAACGUGCCCAGUGUUCUUUUUGCUGCAUUUGAAAUGACRAUUGCCGUGUGCGCUCCAUUUAUGGUCAUAGCACCAUGGACAGAACACAUCAGUAUAAUUGGUUCAAUGGCUCUUUUUAUUCUGUGGCCCAUUACAGUCUAUUACCCAAUAUCUCACUGGAUACGAGGUGCAGGCUGGUUAACGCGAUUAGAUGUUCUGGACUAUGCCGGAAGUCUAACAGUUCACACCAGUGCUGGAACCGCAGGAGUAGUAUUUACUAGGAUGUUAAAACCUCACAUAUCGACUCAUGAUGCCAACUCCAAGACGUCACAUCACCAUGGAGACGCAUAUCAUCACGUGAUGUUUCUUGGUGGUGCGUUGAUAAUUAUUUUUGGGUGGUCACUUUUCAACGUUUGUACAGUUCAGAUGGUCCAGGACGCUAGUGUUGGGCUAGCUGUGGUAAAUACUCAGUUGUCAGCAUGUGCCUCGUGUUUGUGUUGGGUUCUUGUCUUUACUAUUGGCUCCAGGCAAUGUCUUUAUUCUGACAUGCUCACUGGGAUUAUAGCUGGCAUCAUAGGAGUCAGUGCGGCGCCAGCGUCUCUUCACGCCUGGGCCUCUGUCUUGACUGGAAUACUGGUCGGUGUGACGUCAUCUCUCGUUUUGACGUGUGCUCGACGAUACUUUCCUUCCUGGACAAACGGAAGUCAAGUCGAUAUAAUUUUUUCUAAUGGUAUCCCAGGAUCCCUUGGAGCAUUAGCUGCUGGCCUUUUCGCCAACCCUAUCCUAGACGCCCGCCAUCACCGAGGAGCUUUCUACUCAAACGGAAAACAACUUGGUGUCCAGCUUCUUGCGAUAGUCAUUGUAGCAUUAUGGACAGCGGUCUGCACCUAUCUUAUCACGUGGUUCAUUCAUUUAACGGUAGGAUUUAACAUAACACAUUCUGCCGCUGUGGACGUCGCCCUUCCUGGUCAAUCAUCGUCCAGUAAGCUUCAUAGUCAGUUUCUCCAACGAGAGAAGCUCUUCUCUGCAGCCAUUACUGGACAAGUGAGAGAUUUAGAAGAUCUUGCAGCCAAACAUAUGAACUUCGGGAUCAAGGAUYUUGACAAGCGAACAGUUCUUUUACUGGCCUCUUCACAUGGACACAUCCAGUGCGUCAAGKUGAUUCUACGCCAGCCUGGAAUAGAUAUUCACGCCAAGGAUAGAUGGGGAGCUACAGCACUAACGGAGGCCAUCAAGUAUGGCCAUGAUCGUGUUGUGCAGUGUCUCAUUCGACAUGGAGCCAGUUGGGCAGAAGAUGGAGCAGGGGGCCUACUGUGCACCGCUGUAGUUAAAAAUGACAUCGAAGAAAUAAGCCGUCUUGUUUCACUGGGGGUAGAUGUAAAUGCUCCCAAUUCUGAUGGUCAUUGCGCAAUCCACGUGGCGUCGAAGCUCGGUAGCCGUGCAGUGGUGCAGUAUUUGAUUGACCAACGUGCUGAAAUGAAUACUAUUGAUUCCAGUGGGAAUGCGCCGCUAAAUUACGCCGACAUGCACGAGCAUCGCGCGGUCAGUCAAUUACUGGAGAGCCUGGGAGCUAGACGUGUUUCGCGCCAUUACAGCAUUCAAGAAAUCUCUGAGGUGGCGAGUACUGGGAAUCUUCAAAUGUUACGUCACAUGGUACAUAAUGGUGCUUCUAUYUGCUACAGGGACGUCAAUCAUAGAACUCCUUUACAUGUUACUUCAGCUGAAGGGCACCUUGACGUGGUAAAAUUCCUUGUUUUGCAGCCUGGUAUUAAUAUCAAUGCCCACGAUAAAAACCAGUUUACACCUCUUUUAGAAGCAAUAAUCAACAAGCACCACGAUGUGGUCGAGUUUCUCAAGUCCCACGGAGCCGCUGUCAACGAAUGCAAACUAGCGUCACUCGUCACAGAAAAGGCGCGGGAUGGAGAUACCAAAUGUCUAAAGCGCAUGCUCAGAUGGUCUGGUCACGUGAAUAUUUGUGACUUUGAUGGACAAACAGCGCUUCAUGUGGCUGUCAUGAACGGGAGAACUGAUGCUGUCAGCAUGUUGUUAAGAGAAGGAGCAGCAGGUUUCUGAAGCCAGUAAACAAACCGACGAAAAUACCACGUCUUGUUACCAAAGAAAAUCAAAAAGCCGACGKCGAAAGUACAAAACAGAACCAUCAACUUAUCAUUACUCGUCCAGGGAUUCUUGGUCCUCUACAGACGUCUCAGCKGAAGCGAGAAAACACCUUGAAUCAAGCGCAAGUACUGACAACACUUCACAGCAGAUUCUAUCGAUGAGAGACGUUCAGAAUCACCAAGAAAAUAAUGUUUUACGUCCUUCGUUCCUUCGUGUGAUGCCUGUGUCACAACUGUCACCWCAGACUAGAGAAUUGACUGGGGGACAGCCAGAUUAUGUUUGAGACUGUGUCACACAAGCAUGUUGUCAUGCAAUCUAGGAGAUAUGGUGGUGUUUCUACUGGAUACAGUAUUAGG